AUGCAACCUGUCGUUCAUAAUCAAGGCGAGUGUGAGGAGGAUUUGGAAAUAGUCAGCCUGGGGAAACCAAUAGCACCAUCGCAAGACGCUGAGACGCAUUUGCAUGUACCACUCUUGCGCCUAAAAGUUGACCGUGUCUGGCGCCAAUUAAGACACCGAUCAGUCUGCUGCUGGAGAUUUCGAAUCAAACUCGCGCUUCGUCCGCAGCAUAAGACGUCCCCUCUAACUCAGGAGGUGCCAGGCACACCCGUCCCAGCUGUCUGGCUCAGAGACAAGCAUAAGAAUGUUGGAGAUAAUUUGGGGUCCAGAUCCCAGUUCCUGGUCCGUGCUCUGAAGCAGGGACGCAAUAUCCAAAGCGACAGACAAGGCUUCGAGUCCACAGCGUGGGAUAGUGUUUUGUGGCAUGAGGAUGAGCCGCCUUGUCACAAAGUGAGUUCCUUGACACAUUGUGCACUACUACUCAACAAACGACAAAGCAGCAUACUUUCGCUGCUGUGUCAUAUUCCAAAGCCGGUCAAGGCGUUUGAUGCUAUCGCCUGCAAUCCCUCCGCAAGAAUACCUGAUUGCGCUGGUCGCGCUAUGAUCUGCCGCGGUUUUCGAACUGGCGUCGACCAGAUGCUUUUUGCUCAGCUUUAG